AUGGAUCGCAUUUUCCCCUCGGCUUUUCCGUAUGUGGAAUCCGCGAACCUGGACACGCAGUUGGCUAAGCUUAUAAUCACAGAUGCUACAGAUAUAAAGAGAUAUGUUAUAAAUCUCUCUGAGGGUUUGUGCACCAAUAUCCAACUUGUGGAAACAAAAACGGGUUCUCCAUGUCAGGAUCUUUUACGCUUCGCUGCGAAUCCACACAAUCUGUCUCCAUUGCUUUUAUCAAUUUCUCCAGCCUUUUGCCGCUUGAAAUUGCAUCUUUCUGUUUCCGCCAAUACUGCUCGUUUAGCCAAUUCUUUAGUUAUACUUAAGUCCUGGGGCUCUGAUACAAACGCGGACGAACUUCAGCUGUUUUUGGAACUGCGAGACUACGGUCGUUCGCCCUCUCGCAAUGUUUCGAAGAUUUCAUUUUCUAAACUCGUCCUGGAUGAUCAACAAGUUAUUGUGAAUGAUAGUUAUGGGCUAUCAGACUCUCCAGGUUCUGUGAUGAAUGUUUUCGUCUGCGAGGAAUCUCUGGUUGGGGUUCUGCAUUUAUUCUCUUUUCUGUUGUUCGUGGAAAAUACGUCUGGUUCAUUUUCCUCUGAAGCGAAGCCAACCGCCCCAACCGCACGCCAAAACUCAUUCUCAAAGCAACCAGAAACACAACCACCAAAACUGCCUCGCCGACCAAGAGAAUCUCAUACUGAAACAUCCAAGCUUACACUACCGAAAUUACAAAAAGCCUUCACUUUUGAUGUCGAAGAUGGACCUGAAUUCCGCCAAACACUUCAAAGAUAUGAACAUACUAUUCCGCGAUUAAACAGGACAAUUUGCCUGCUUAGUGAUGAAGCAAAGCAUAUGGAAUCAACGCUAAAAAAAUUAUUGGCAUCACGCUCAAAAAUCUCGGAAUUCAUACGCCAACUUGAGGAAAAUCUGUUCAACUCCUUACUUAAGGAUUUAGGCUUAUCUGAAAAAGUAUCUAAGCGCUUGUCCUCUGUUUUUGAGUCAACUAAAACUAAUAUGGCUUUUCUCACUCAAGAAAUAUUGAAUGUUUCCUCAUUAGCGAAAAUGCACUCAUACUGUCUUCCAGUCACACCUCAUGAAGGUAGUGAACUGUCUUUGAAACGGCGUGCUUUUGAAAAAUCUUCAAAAGAAUACUACGACUGGCUCAAUAAAUACCUAUCGAAUGAAAAAGAGAGACCUGAACUGAAGUUGUUACUUAAGCGAAAGACGUUCGAACUUGCAAAAUUCGAUUACUUGAAUACCCUCAACCUCUCAUCCAAUAAUCAAUACUUCAAUGAAUUCAUUGAACACUUGCUCAAGUUUUCCAAUUUAUCAUGGCAUCAGCACCAUCUUGAUUUGGCACUAUAUCAUGAUAACAAAGAAAGUCAAACUCUCUUGAAUAAUGACAUGAGGCUAUACUUCUUUGGGAUAUCCCGUUUCAACAGUGAAAAGCAGCAAUUCCGACAGAUGAUCGAAGCAUGUGAGACCAACGAAGAGCUUGCUGAAUUAAUCAAGACAAAUCCGCUCAAUUCCAAAAGAAUUAACAGUGUCUCGGAAAGUACUGAUGCGCCUAUCUUAGAUAAUGUUUUUCCGAAGUCGAUGGCUCUGACCCCAUUCUUAUCCAAUGAUGGCCUCAAUACAAAUUCUCAUGAUCAAAAUGGAGAGAUUUCCGGAAUACUAUAUGCUCUUGGUGGCCAGGGAAAACCAGGUUGGCAUAAAGAAUGGGUUGUUCUCAAGGAAGGGCAACUCAAUUCAUAUUCUGAUUGGAGAAAGGGCAGACAUCCGAUAACCAGACCCAUUGAUGUUGCUUUGGCUAGUGUCAAGCCGAUGAAUUAUGACAAAAGGCGUUAUUGUUUUGAAAUUAUAACCUCAAGAGGUCAAAAGCACGUUUUCCAAGCUAUGAGCAACAUCGAGAGGAAUCAGUGGAUGAAAGCAUUGUAUAAUGCCGGACAGAUAACCCUGCAGCUCAUAAAGCCGAAUGUACGUGUGAAGACGGACUUACCGGCUCCCCCUCAAAUAAUUUCCCCGGAGGACAAAGAACGUCAGGGCUCUCCUGUGUCUGUUGUUUCUAGUAACCUCUUGAAUUUAGAAGUGAAUUAUUUGGAUAUUGUGCGUUCCAGUGAAGGCAGUGAAAAUGACAAAUGCGCAGAUUGUGGUGCAACGGAUUGUGUUGAAUGGGUAUCACUCAAUCUAAUGGUUGUUGUUUGUUUGAAAUGUUCGUCGUGCCAUCGUAAUAUGGGAUCGCACGUUUCCAAAGUCCGGUCAUUGAAACUUGACAAUUUCCUGAAAGAAAGUCUUGUACUUCUCAGCUAUAUUAACAAUUUGAGAGUAAACUCUUUUCUCGAAUAUGCUGCAAAGGGAAAUAAAGUAUCAAAUGAUAGUUCUGAUGACGAACGUUUGGCUUACAUCAAAGCCAAGUAUGUCCACCGGGCAUUCAUGAAGCCGGUUGCGAAUGUAAACCUGCAGCUCGCCUCUGCAGUGAGAAAAAUUGAUAUUAAUGGAGUGAUUGAAGCGUUGGAUUGUGGGGCAGAUCCAAAUAUUCGUUUACAAUUAGGGACGGUGUCAAGUGAACAAGACCCUGUCGUUGUUCUGCUUUUCGAGUAUUCUUUGCGUAAACUCGUCGAGAUCAAAGAGCAUGAGCAAACCAUGAAAUUCUUCGUCAUUUCGGAACUUCUUUUGCUUCAUGGUUGCAACAUUGAACAAAUUGAUCGUUUGCACGAGGAACUUAAUCUUCCUAAAGAAGCUUGGAAGUAUUGGGAGGAAAAGAAAGCACGGUUGGAGGGAAAAUAG